AUGAUCAAAGCUGGUCGGCUGUCUGAACCAUACAAAGGGAUUUCUGACUGCUUUGCUCGAACAAUUAAGGAUGAAGGCAUUAUUGCUUUGUGGAGAAGCAACACUACCAAUGUUAUCAGAUAUUUCCCAACCCAGAAUGUCUCACAGAAUUUGCAAUUUCAUCAAUCCUUUUCAGGCCCUGAACUUUGCUUUCAAAGAUUAUUUAAGAGGCUGUUUAAUUUCAAGAGAGACAAGGAUGGUUACUGGAAGUGGUUUGCCGGGAAUUUGGCGUCAGGUGCUGCUGCUGGUGCUUCAUCUUCUCUUUUUGUUUAUUCCCUAGAUUAUGCUCGAACACGUUUGGCUAAUGAUGCUACAGCUACUAAGAAUGGUGGUGGAAGGCAGUUUAAUGGUUUAAUUGAUGUUUGCAGCCUCAUAACUAAUCCCAUUAUUGGAUGA